AUGCCAAUUCUUUUUUGCCGUUCAAGUAGUCGACUCUUUGAAUCCACUCCCUGUCCAGCACGCUGCAUUAUCCCCACUGGUGAUCCUGAUGCCUAUGACCUUUACCCCAAAUUUCGCUGGGCUUACAACAAGCUUACGGUUGCCGAGCUACAAGGGAUCAAAUGUGGGCCGCAUGAGACUGAGCCUGAUCAUGAUCUCUAUCCUAUCUUCAGCAAGCCUAUUUACAACCUCGGAGGCCUGGGAGCUGACGCACGACUGAUAAGGACGCAGGAGGACUACUGGCGCUCCCAUACCCCUGGGCAUAUGUGGUCGGCUUUAUUGACUGGGAAACACUAUAGCACGGACAUCGCAGUAAUUGCGGGGAGACCAGUCUGGUUCGCUCAUACAAGGGGUAUGGCAGAUAAAGACCAAACAUGGGAUUACUGGGAGGUCAAUGUCACAGCAGAUUGUACUGUACAGCAAAACAUUGCCGCCUUCAUUGAGUCUCACGUGGCUGGAUAUACCGGGAUGGUGAAUAUGGAAACCAUAGGGGGGAAGAUAAUCGAGAUCCAUUUGCGAUUCUCCCCUCAGUGGCCGGAUUUAUACGGUCCUUGGUUUCUCCCUUCCCUUGUGGAUCUCUAUUGCGGUAAAGGAUGGACCGGUCCUUGCUUGGCCGAAGCAAAGACGCGAACGGGCUACAGUGUGCCUCUGUUUGGUGACGAGAAAUAUGCCCUGAUUAGCUCCACCAUAAAGCACGAACAAUUACGCGAAAUGGAAAUAGCGUUUAAUGUUAGCAGUAUCACAAUGGGGUAUGAUAAGACGAUGCCAAUGGAAGGUCGGACACGACCAACUGGUGGGUUUAGGCUGGCUUGGAUAAAUGGGUUUGACCUGGAGAAGUGCAAGUUUGCGAGACGCAUGUUUCAAAUUUAUUUGCACAAUCUGUUCGAUAUCCAGGUGACUGUAGAUCUCAAGGCACGGAGGGAGAGAAGGAAGCGAGAUUUCAGAUGA